ACUGCCAUCAAUUAUAUAUUAUGUAUAGGUUUUGUACACUGCAAGCAUAGAAAAUGCAGUUAUGUGCCAUGCAUGUGGAGGUAUAUGCGCUGGGUACCUCCACGUGUGUACUGUGCACACAGGUAUCUAGGCAGAUGCACAUCUACACGUCUACACGGCCGCCCAGUGCAGAGGAGGUAACCCAAGUGCAUGUAUGUGACAGGUGAACAGGCAUAUACACUGCGUAGUCAUCCCUGUGCAGACUUGCCGCCUUCGGGUUGUGGCCAAACCUUCAAGCACCCAGUAGAGGUUUAGACACUACCUAGGAGACGGGGGCGGGGGUUCUAAGGCACCCCCCUCCAAUCCAGUUACGAUUAAGAUCAUUUGCAUCACAUUUACAUCCAGCCCUGGGCCUUGGAGGUUGAGGAUGGUCCCUUGGGUCCCAAGACAAGCUGCCCCUCAGAGGCUUUCAGCGCCCAGGGGACGGGGGGUGGAGUCCUUUUCACAGCCGUGCAGUGCAGCUGGGGCAGGAAGCGAGAGUGGGGAGGGGGGGGAGGCCACAGCCCGCGGAGGCAAGGCGGGUGCAGGGCUUCUGGGGACAGAGGGAGGUGCCAGAACUUGAGCCCUGAGGCCCUGCUGGCCCCUGGGCGCAGGCCCAGCUCCGGCCCCCAGGGAUGGACCUCGUGGAUCCGGACAUUUUCAGUAGAGACCCCCGGGACCACUACGACCUGCUGCAGCGACUGGGUGGCGGCACAUAUGGGGAAGUCUUUAAGGCUCGAGACAAGGCGACAGGGGACCUGGUGGCACUGAAGAUGGUGAAGAUGGAACCUGAUGAUGAUGUCUCCACCCUUCAGAAGGAAAUCCUCAUAUUGAAAACUUGCCGGCACGCCAACAUCGUGGCCUACCAUGGGAGUUAUCUCUGGUUGCAGAAACUCUGGAUCUGCAUGGAAUUCUGUGGGGCUGGUUCUCUCCAGGACAUCUACCAAGUGACAGGCUCCCUGUCAGAGCUCCAGAUUGGCUAUGUCUGCCGGGAAGUGCUGCAGGGACUGGCCUAUCUGCACUCACAGAAGAAGAUACACCGAGACAUCAAGGGAGCUAACAUCCUCAUCAAUGAUGCUGGGGAGGUCAGAUUGGCUGACUUUGGCAUCUCGGCCCAGAUCGGGGCAACGCUGGCCAGACGCCUGUCUUUCAUUGGGACACCCUACUGGAUGGCUCCAGAAGUGGCAGCCGUGGCCCUGAAGGGAGGAUACAAUGAGCUGUGUGACAUUUGGUCCCUGGGUAUCACGGCCAUCGAACUGGCCGAGCUACAGCCACCGCUCUUCGAUGUGCACCCUCUCAGAGUUCUCUUCCUCAUGACCAAGAGUGGCUACCAGCCUCCCCGACUGAAGGAAAAAGGCAAAUGGUCCGCUGCCUUCCACAACUUCAUCAAAGUCACCCUGACUAAGAGCCCCAAGAAACGACCCAGCGCCACCAAGAUGCUCAGUCAUCAACUGGUAUCCCAGCCUGGGCUGAAUCGAGGCCUGAUCCUAGAUCUUCUUGACAAACUGAAGAAUCCUGGGAAAGGACCCUCCAUUGGGGACAUUGAGGAUGAGGAGCCUGAGCUACCCCCUGCUAUCCCUCGGCGGAUCAGAUCCACCCACCGCUCCAGCUCUCUGGGGAUCCCAGAUGCAGACUGCUGUCGGCGGCACAUGGAGUUCAGGAAGCUCCGAGGAAUGGAGACCAGACCCCCAGCCAACACCGCUCGCCUACAACCCCCCCGAGACCUCAGGAGCAGCAGCCCCAGGGAGCAACAGUCAGAGUCUUCCGACGAUGACUAUGACGACGUGGACAUCCCCACCCCUGCAGAGGACAUACCUCCUCCACUUCCCCCCAAGCCCAAGUUCCGUUCUCCAUCAGACGAGGGUCCUGGGGGUAUGGGGGAUGAUGGGCAGCUGAGCCCAGGGGUGCUGGUCCGGUGUGCCAGUGGGCCCCCACCACACAGCCCCCGUCCUGGGCCUCCCCCAUCCACCAGCAGCCCCCAUCUCACCGCCCAUUCAGAACCCUCACUCUGGAACCCACCCUCCCGGGAGCUCGACAAACCCCCACUCCUGCCCCCCAAGAAGGAAAAGAUGAAGAGAAAGGGAUGCGCCCUUCUGGUAAAGUUGUUCAAUGGCUGCCCCCUCCGGAUCCACAGCACAGCCGCCUGGACACAUCCCUCCACCAAGGACCAGCACCUGCUCCUGGGGGCAGAGGAAGGCAUCUUCAUCCUGAACCGGAAUGACCAGGAGGCCACGCUGGAGAUGCUCUUUCCUAGCCGGACUACGUGGGUGUACUCCAUCAACAACGUUCUCAUGUCUCUCUCAGGAAAGACCCCCCACCUGUAUUCUCAUAGCAUCCUGGGCCUGCUGGAACGGAAAGAGACCAGAGCAGGAAACCCCAUCGCUCACAUUAGCCCCCACCGCCUACUGGCAAGGAAGAACAUGGUUUCCACCAAGAUCCAGGACACCAAAGGCUGCCGGGCGUGCUGUGUGGCGGAGGGUGCGAGCUCUGGGGGCCCGUUCCUGUGCGGUGCAUUGGAGACGUCCGUUGUCCUGCUUCAGUGGUACCAGCCCAUGAACAAAUUCCUGCUCGUCCGGCAGGUGCUAUUCCCACUGCCGACGCCUCUGUCCGUGUUCGCGCUGCUGACCGGGCCAGGCUCUGAGCUGCCCGCUGUGUGCAUCGGUGUGAGCCCCGGGCGGCCGGGGAAGUCGGUGCUCUUCCACACGGUGCGCUUUGGCGCGCUCUCCUGCUGGCUGGGCGAGAUGAGCACCGAGCAUAAGGGACCAGUGCAGGUGACCCAGGUAGAGGAGGAUAUGGUGAUGGUGUUGAUGGACGGCUCUUUGAAGCUGGUGACCCCGGAGGGGUCCCCAGUUCGGGGACUUCGCACACCUGAGAUCCCCAUGACGGAAGCGGUGGAGGCCGUGGCUAUGGUUGGAGGUCAGCUUCAGGCCUUCUGGAAGCAUGGAGUGCAGGUGUGGGCUCUAGGCUCGGAUCAGCUGCUACAGGAGCUGAGAGACCCUACCCUCACUUUCCGUCUGCUGGGCUCCCCCAGGCCUGUAGUGGUGGAGACACGCCCAGUGGAUGAUCCUACUGCUCCCAGCAACCUCUACAUCCAGGAAUGAGUCCCUAGGGGGGUGUUAGGAACUAGUCCUUGCAUCCCCCUCCCCCAUAGACACACUAGUGGUCAUGGCAUGUCCUCUUCUUCCAAUAAACGUGACUUCAGCCUCUGC